AUGGAUGACAUCUACAAGGCUGCGGUAGAGCAGCUGACAGAAGAGCAGAAAAAUGAGUUCAAAGCGGCCUUUGACAUCUUUGUGCUGGGCGCCGAGGACGGCUGCAUCAGCACCAAGGAGCUGGGCAAGGUGAUGAGGAUGCUGGGCCAGAACCCCACCCCUGAGGAGCUGCAGGAGAUGAUCGAUGAGGUGGACGAGGAUGGGAGCGGCACAGUAGACUUCGAGGAGUUCCUGGUCAUGAUGGUCCGGUGCAUGAAGGAUGACAGUAAAGGGAAGUCGGAGGAGGAGCUGUCUGAUCUCUUCCGCAUGUUUGACAAGAACGCGGAUGGCUACAUUGACCUGGACGAGCUGAAGGUGAUGCUCCAGGCGACGGGCGAGACCAUCACAGAGGACGACAUCGAGGAGCUCAUGAAGGACGGCGACAAGAACAACGACGGCCGCAUCGACUAUGACGAAUUCCUGGAGUUCAUGAAGGGGGUGGAGUAG